CAACAUCCAACAAGUGGUUACCGCCGCCUCAUCUACAAUACCAGGCCAGAACAUACCCCUAUAAUUACGGCAUAACAAUUCUUGCCUAUAACCAUUACCUAACACCAUGGAUGUCAACAAGAAUAACUUUUUCUGGAUGUUGCCAUCUAUACUAUACGAGGCUCAAAAUGCUCGUUAUGUAACAUUUGACAUCGAGAUGAGUGGUAUCCCGAUUAUUCAUGGCCGAAACAGUAUUCAAGAUACAUACGCCAAGAUCAAAGAAGCGGCAGAACAGUUCCAAAUGGUGCAACUUGGACUCACUUUUGUUCGCUACGACGAGAAGUUGAAUCACUAUACGACGAGAACGUUCACUUUCUCUGUUUCUCCACUGUUUCCUAAAUCAACGCUUUUUGAUAACCUCUCUCGACGUCUUGAUAGAAAGUUCGCCUACUCCGUGCGAGCGUAUGACUUUCUACAACAGCACAAGUUUAACUUCACCGGGGCUAUAGAAAAUGGAAAUCAUUAUCUCAGCCGAGAGGAGCAUAGAUUUGCAAUACAAUACUGCUUCUCGAGUGAUCCCGGCAACGAACAUAUUGAUCCUUCAUCGUUGGACUAUCAAUCUCAAGACUUCUAUGAAAGGACCAGGAGGCAAAUCGCUGCAUUUAUCGGUGAAGGACCUAAACCGGACAUGAAUCUUGUUGUAAAGAACCCGUAUGGGGAAAAGCUGAAUGGGUUGCAGAUACGUUUGAUACAUCAAGUCGUCCGCGAACAGUUUCCCUCCUGUGCAGUGGUCCGAAGCCUACUACCGGGCUCUGUUUCUAUUAUUCUCGUUAAUAAGGAGGCUUCAUACAAGACCGAGGCACGACGAAGAUGGAACAUGGGAGAGAUUGAUAAACUAACUGGACUUCAAAUAAUAUUUGAAGCAUUGUCAGGUGGAUCCUUUGCAGACAGGAUCAAACAAGAAUAUGUCUGUCGCCAAGAGGAUGUUCCAGAGCACGAAAAGGAGUGGAAUGAACGCAACAAGGCAUUCGACUUUGAAAAGUGCGAAGCCAGUCUAAAGAAAAAUAGACCGAUACUGGUUGGCCAUAACAUAUUCAUGGACCUCGCGUAUAUAUAUCAAUCGUUUUUUGAGUCAUUGCCCUCCAACGUUGACGACUUUCUGACUGAGAUACAUGAACUCUUCCCACGAAUCGCGGACACAAAAUUCAUGUAUGGACGAGGCAAACACAUGAUGGCGCCGGAUCGAAACUUAGACAGGAUCUACGAUUCGUACGCGAAAAAGACGUUUCCUAAAAUCAAAUUAGAGCUCGGAAGAAACCUGCCGGGCCCUCACCAUGCCGGAUUCGAUAGUUCUACGACGGCCAACCUAUUCUUGAAACAGAGCCAUGCUCUGUUUAUUGCCAGGAAACAUUUGCAAAUAUUCAACAAAGAGGUGCAUGCGCCAACGAAACCCGCCACGACGGACGGAGAGGGACAAACAUGCAUUAGUACGUUCUCAUGGUCGAUGAUAAGUUGGCCUAAUAAAAACUCUACCAGUAUUAUUGAUGACGAGGAUGACGAGGCAUUGAGGAGCUUGGAGAAAUGGAAUAUCCUCGAUCCAGACACUGCAAGCUGGGAGUCUCCAACUCCUAGCGGCAGCACAACAACAUCAGACGAGGACAGAUCUAAGAACGAAGUCGGCACUCUUAAUCCGGGCGAAAUAUACUCGGAAGCAGAAAUACCCCUGAUACCACUCUGGUCAGAUGCUUUCUGGAGAGCCUACGGCAACCAAUGUUCAGUCCCCAGUGCAGGCUAUGUCUCUUUUGAGUCCGUCUAGCGAACUGCGGUGAGGAUGGCCGACCGCGACAUAUUUAUACAAGCAACAGAUGACAUGCCGGCGUCCAUAUUUUAGACCGGCAAAUUCGAGGGGACCGGUGGAUUAGACUUGGCUUGAGCCUUGGUCUGCGUGGCGCGGUUUACGAAGAACAGACGAAAACAAUUUCGGUGUAGCGCGAGGAACAAACCUACCUACCCAAUGUACAUACUGCGAAAGCCAGUGGCUAUACAUACUAAGUAUCCUCCAUUCUACAUGGG